GAAAAGGCAGAGAUCCCGGAUACUCGAGCACACAAAGUAUAUAUAGAACAAGUCAUUCUUCUCCUGUUUGGAAUGUGGCCCAACGAGUCUAGGGCAGAGGCAGAGAAAGAGAAUAUCUCGUUUUAUUUUGCAUUGUGAAAGUAAAGGUGUCGCGGCACAUGGGAUUUGCUCAGGAUUCUACCCCUUGGAACUCCUGCGCCCCAGCUACAAGGACCAUCGCAUAAAUCCAGAAAGGACAAUGCCUGAAGAGCUCAUAAAGAAGCCAUUGCUUGGGAUCUUCUCCAGAGAUCAUCAGGCCAACUAUGAGUGGCUGAUCGACUGCCUCUUGAAAUACUCUGCUGUCCCAGACAUCCGCCCGGUCUACAUUGGCAAUAACACUGGCCUGACCUUUAGAGAUGCAGUUUCCAAAUGCACCUUUGCCAUUGUGUACCACACACUGAAGAGAGGGAGGAUAAAUAUCACCAAUGUGACCGACUCGUUGUACGAUGAUGAACUCGCAUAUCUGUGCGCCAGCCUAGGUAAAGACAAUGUCAUUGUUGUGAUUGAUGACCUGGAGAACAUCAGCCCUGAUGAUAGGAACAGAAUACUGGAGAUGCAGCCGAGCAUAGGGUAUUUGGCAAGGGAUGUCUUCCUAUUCAGCACCAUAGAAAAAGAACGGAUACCUCUGGGUAAUCCAAAGAAGAAGAAUGUGAUUCCUGACCCUAAACUGGCACAACUUGUCGAUAUAAUAAAAGGUCAUCAUCAUACAAGAAAACAAUGCAAUAUAAACGACCCUUGCAAAAUUGGCAUAAUCGUUGCAGUCGUUGUUAUUGUGAGUUUCGUUAUCGCUGGAUUAAUAUACGCCGCUGAGGAACAUCUGAUAUAAUGACCUCAAAGUCCCCAGGGAAUGACUAUAGACACCACCCAGAUGCUUACUAUAGAGUCCCAAGGGAAACUGCUGCAUGAAGCUGGUUGUACUGUAGGUUCUACACUGCUAGGUUGUGAAGGUGGUGUUACCUUGCAAAAUUUGGCAAAAUCCUAUUUUUUUGUAUGAACAUACAUCCAAACACACACACAAUGUAAAAUAACUCAUAUUGGCUCUCUCUGUUGAAAGUUAGUUCUUGCACCAAUCCCCAGUCCUUUUGCCUUGCAUCAAGCUGGUGGUUGCAUUGGUUAAGGUGUUAAGUACAGGGUCUCCUUUUGCCUUUCACCAAGCUGGCAUUGCAUGUACUUUUCUAAAUAAGGUGUUAAGUACAAAGAGUCAACACACACAAACCCUGGAAUUAACACCUGAGUUGAGUUACCAGCUGGAAGAGAUGCUAUUCACACCUACAAUGACCAGGUUGGAUAUAGAUUUCUCAAUGCCAAGGCCCCAUCAAGUACAAUGAGAUGUUAACUAAUUCUACACUGUAUUGUAUAUAAGACAUGGGGGAAUAGUUGCAAAUUCUGCUGUGUGAUGAAAGGCAAUGAGUUAAUCCUGAUGCAUAACCAAUAGGUAAUUAAGAGUUGAUAUACUGUAGAUGCUGGAAUCAUCGCCAAGUUGAAGAAACCUACAGGCCUACCAAGCACACCAUUAAAGGUCCUUCAACAAGUUCAGCAGGUCCUGCAUUCAAACCAUCCAAGCAACUGGCACCAGAAGUCAACCAACUUCCAACAAGACAACCAACAUCCAACAAUACAACCAACAUCAAUGGGUUAUGGUCACACAAAGCAAUGGUUGGCUGUGCCAUUGGCAACUUGGUACUUGACCACCCUUGGCCACCAUAGAGUCAUUGUUAUAAUAUUGUAAAUACUUUAUUUUCCAUAAUAAAGAGCCAGUAACACAAAAACAA